AUGCCAAGCUGCAAACACCUGAAUAAUCGCCUGCAAGCACUUAUUCUUACAGGGAUUCAUGUCAAGAAAUGUAUGAGACCAGACCAAAUGAGACCAAAUGUGAAAUUCAUGAUCCCGGCGGCCAGUCUAGUAAUAGCUGGUCUGAGAGAGAAUGUUGAGAGUCUCACAGUUGAUCAGCCCUUCUACCAGCAGUGUGCUGGUGAUGAUUGA